AUGGCUUCAGAAUAUCCUACCAUUGAGAAUCUCGAUCCCAAGUAUGAUCAUUACGACUAUCCCACCGUAUCGUCCAACAAGCAAAGCGGCCACCCAGGACACACAACCCCCCAGCAGGAUGCCCAGGUUUUCCAACUACGCACAAAGCUCGAGUCAGAUGGAUACACUGAGCGACUGGAUACCAUAACUCUGCUACGAUUUCUGCGUGCCCGCAAAUUCGAUGUCGCCCUCGCUGAAAAGAUGUUCGUCGACAGCGAGGCAUGGCGCAAGGAAACCAACCUCGACGAUUUGGUGAGGAACUUCGACUACACGGAGAAGGAAAAAGUAUUCGAAUACUACCCUCAAUAUUACCACAAGAUUGAUAAGGAUGGGCGACCAGUCUACAUCGAACAAUUAGGCAACAUUGACCUCACCGCCAUGUACAAGAUUACCACCUCUGAACGAAUGCUGCAAAACCUGGCCGUCGAAUACGAGAAAGUAGGCGACCCCCGUCUCCCCGCCUGCUCACGAAAGUCCGGCGCACUCCUCGAGACCUGCUGCACGAUAAUGGAUCUCAAGGGAGUCGGCCUGGGCAAGGUCUCCUCCGUCUACGGCUACGUCAAGCAAGCUUCCGCCAUGUCGCAAAAUUACUACCCCGAGCGCCUCGGCCGCUUGUACCUGAUCAACGCGCCAUGGGGCUUCAGCACCGUCUUCAGCGUUGUCAAGGGCUGGCUUGAUCCCAUCACCGUUGAGAAAAUCCAUGUGCUCGGCAGCGGCUACCAGAAGGAACUGCUCGCACAGGUCCCUGCUGAGAACCUGCCCAAGAUCUUUGGCGGCACUUGUGAGUGUGCUGGUGGAUGUGCGCUGAGUGAUGAGGGUCCUUGGACUGAUCCUCAGUGGGCGAAGCCCCCGAAGUGGCUGCAGGCAGGGGAGAAGAAGGCGGAGAUUAUUAAUAAUGAGAACGUGAACCCGGCUACUACUGAUGCUGCUCAGGCGCCCCUCGCUGCUGCGCCAGCUCCUGAGGCAGCUGCUGAUGAGAUUAAGGCUGCUCCUGCUGCGCCAUAG